AUGGCACGAUAUCAAGCCCACAAGUUGGAGCGCUGGGGCUGGUGCUGUUCUCGUUCCCUUACACUAUCGGGUGCCUGUCCGGUGAAGACAGUAUGUGGGAACGACCUGCUCAGCCGCUGGGACACCGCCCAAGCUCAAGUGUCAACGAAGUCCGUCCGGUGCCUCCUGGCCAUGACCCAACAAGUGGUCAUGAAGAGGGGAGAGACCCCGCCAACCGGCGUGGCGUGGAAUGAAGAUAAGAACCUGUUCCUGGACAAGGAAGACCGCAUCUGGAUCCCACCAAGUGCCACGGACCUCCAGCAGCGGCACCCUCGAAGCCGAUGUCAAGACCAAGCCUGCAUCCACUGCCUCAGCAUCUACGGCUCAGUUGUCCCACAUCCGCUUGGAUCGGCGCUCCAUGCCGAGAAGCCCCAAGAACUGAACCAAUUCGACUGGCUCUCCAUGCCCACGGCGACGAACCGCUGGCAGAAGAUCCUCGCCAUCAAGGACGACAUGAGCGGGAUCGUGCAACUUUGGCCCUGCGAGACAAGCGACGCCGCGACGACCUCCAACGGCCUCCUCAACUGGUUCAUGACCUUUGGGUACCUGGAAGUUUGUCAACACCGCGACCAAGAAGGUCACCGCCUUCGACUGGCUCAGCUCCACGUGCAAGAAGCACAUGUACGAGCUGCAUCGCAAAGUGGCUGCGACAAGCGCCAAGAAAAGCUCGCGAUCGGCGACUUUGUUCACGUUGGCCAAGUGUCCCGCCAAGGCAACAAGCUGUCCCUGCACUGCGGCCGCGAUGUGACCGAAGAGCUGGUCGACCAUAAUGCCUUUGACAAUGAAGGGUUCCGCGUGGCCAAGCUCGGUGAUGUCCGUGAAUAA